AUGACAAUUUCAAUUCCAAAUCUCUCACCCACACGUGCGCAAUGGAAGUUAAAUGAUACACUCCUUAAUGACCCUGCACACAUUGCUCAAUUACAGGAAAAUCUAACCAACUACUUCGCAGAGAAUAACGCACUAGCAGUCUCACCCACUCAAAUUUGGGAGGCACACAAAGCCGUACUUAGGGGACACAUUAUAGCUUUGGCCUCUAAACAUAAAAAAGCUAGAGAACAUCAGAUAGUCACUCUCACUGAGGAGAUCAGACAAUUAGAAGCUGCACACAAAAAAUCCAUGUCACUAGAGAACUAUAAACAAUUACUAGAUAAACGAUCCGCACUCCAAUCCCUGCUUAACACGAAAGUUCAAAGAUUCCUCCUUCUCUCCAAACAUAAAUACUACAAUCGAGGCGGAAAAUGUGGACGAUUGUUAGCUAGAGCACUCCAGAAAGAAAAACAACAAACAUACAUCACCCAAAUAAAAUCCUCCAGAGAUACUCCAACCCAUCUUCUACCAGAAAUAUUACAGGAGUUUCACUCUUAUUACUCGUCCCUCUACAACCUCCGACCCCAGCCACCCGACCCAAACGAUGUACACAAAUUUUUGUCAGAGAGACUGAAACAUACAAUCCCACCCAAUGCUAGACAAAUCCUAGAUGAGCCAAUUUAAGACUUAAAGAUUUUUACUAAGAUACUUGCCACACGAUUAAGACCUCACCUGCAGGGAUUAGUCCACCCGGACCAGGCCGGAUUCGUGCCAGGCAGAGAGGCCAAAAAUAAUACAACAAAACUCUUGAAUAUUAUAUACCAUGCUAAUAAACAAACAUCACAAUGUUUGGCCCUCACUAUUGACGCUGAGAAGGCGUUUGACAGGGUGGACUGGUCCCUGAUAUCAGCCACAGUACAAGCCAUGGGAUUUGGUCCAAACUGGCAACUCUCUAAUACAGUACAUAUCUCUAAUGGUACAAGGCAAGGGUGUCCAUUAUCUCCCCUCCUUUUUAUCUUAACAAUGGAGCCUUUCUUGCAAGGCAUUAGAGACAACAUACACAUCCAAGGGAUACAAAUAGCUGGGCAGGAAUACAAAAUUUCCGCUUUUGCUGACGACCUCCUCUUUACUUUGAGAAACCCAGAAACAUCUCUGCCACAUUUAAUGCAAGAAAUAGAUUUUUAUGAACAAGUAUCCAAUUACAAGGUAAACGUCAGCAAAAGUGAGAUACUCCAACUCAAUAUCUCCAAUGAUACUAAGCUCCUGCUCCAACAGAAAUAUCAUUUCCAUUGGCCUCCAUCCUCAGUGAAAUAUCUGGGAGUACAUCUAUCGGCUUCUUUAGAUAAAAUAUGACAUAAACUUUCCCCCAUUACUGGCUACUGUAGCCAACGAUCUCAAAAACUGGGAUAAACCCCACUUUUCAUGGCUUUGUAGAGUCCACAUUUUAAAAAUGGCUAUUCUGCCCAGAUUUCUUUAUCUUUUACAAACAUUGCCCAUAAACAUACCACAUAGCUUUUUUAUGAAGGCUAAACAAAUUUUUACCUCUUAUUUAUGGGCGGGUAAACGCCAUAGAUUACCUUAUCCAACCCUCACGAGACACAAAUCGCAAGGAGGUUUGGGGGUCCCAGAUAUCAAACGCUACAGUAAUGCCAUACUUUUAGCCCGUGUUUAUGACUGGGUAGACCCUCAAAUCCAAAAACAAUGGACACAGAUAGAAACCACAAGUUUCACAACAAACCCCGAAACCAUACCUUGGCACGAUCCCAAUACAAAUAUACUUCGUCCAGGCCAUGAAGACCACCCCACUAUCACUCCCACUUUAAAAGAAUGGCAUCGGCUCAGACAAAAUAAACAUAUCUCCCCCCAUCCAUCUCCACUCUUACCGAUUACGGGGAACCCCAACUUUCCUCCAGGCUUGCAGCCUGAAGCAUUUCGAACCUUUGAAAACCUACAAGGUCACCUACAUUUAAAUGAGGUAAUUAAUGAAAAUGGAAUUCUCCCCCUAACUGCAAUUGUACGCACCCCCACACAUUCUAUCAUGCAAAAAUUUAGAUAUGUACAACUUUCGCACUAUAUCCAGAGGCAGCCAGAUCUGCGGCAGGGAUGUAGACCUUUAACUACAUUUGAGUCUUUAGCCACGUCUAGAACCCUACAAAAGAAACACAUAACCACUUUUUAUAACUUAUUACAAGCACAAGACAACGAGCAAUUACCGACAUACACCAAAACAUGGGAGAACGACUUGGGGAUUACUUUAACCCAGUCAGAAUGGGGUAAAAUAUUCACCAACAUUUUUAAGUCCUCCAUCAAUACUACUUUACAAGAGUGCAACUAUAAACGAAUCUCUAGAUGGCACCUAGCCCCGACCAGAUCUUAUAGAUUUUCCCCCAACACAUCCAGAGUUUGUUGGAGGUGCACGACCGAAAUGGGAACCCCGGGUCAUCUAUGGUGGACGUGCACCAUUAUACAAAACUAUUGGGAAAAAAUAUGCUCCCUCAUCAAUACCAUCACGGGCUAUGAGUUACCCACCUCACCUGAAGCACUUGUUUUUACGCUCUAUCCCUCUCCAGUAAUGAAAUCUACUCGUGUCUUAAUAAAUCACAUGCUCACAGCGGCAAAUAGCUUAAUUCCCACCAAAUGGAAACAGAGUAACCCUCCAACUAUUAGAGAAUGGUUAGCAAAGGUAGAGGCCAUACGACAAAUGGAAGAACUCUCCCACUCCUUAAAUGGCACAUAUGAUAAAUACGUUCAUGCAUGGUCACCAUGGGAUACAUUUAUCAAAGAUUACAAACCCGACAAUAUGUCCACACCUACAUAGAGAACAGGCCUUCUAGACAUAACGCUAGACGAGAUUAGGGGGUACUUAACCAAGUUCUGUCUUCUCCUACUCAUCGCCAUUCAAUAAUCACUAAUACUAUAAAAUGGUUUCAAACUAACUUCUAAUUAUAGAAAGGAGUGAAGCUGUAUUAUGUUGCUUUCCUGCAAUACCAGGAUGGACUUUAUUGUUAUGCACCACGGACAUUCAUUUGCCAUAUCAUAUAUUUAGAUCCAGCAAUCUACAACUAACAAUGUAUGUCUAUACUUUAAAGUAAGUGCCAUGUAACUAAUAUUCUACUGAUUGUAAGGUUUAAACUCCAAAUUUCGGCAGUAUAUUGUAUCAGCCUCACUGAGUUUCGAAGCUAUCUUUUACUCUUGAAAUAUUAUCCUUCUCAUUAUGAUGAUACAGAAAUUGUUUAUUACACCAUGUUCAUUGUACAAUGUUGUUUGUACCGAAAAUGUCACAUUUACAUUCCUCUGUCACCGAUACGCUGGUACUGUAACAUUUCAUUUGUUGGAAUUUUCAUUGUGAAACAAUAAAAAAAAAAAAAAAAAAAGUAUAAUUCUAAAAAUUGUGAAAAAUAGUAAUUUUUCUGGCCAGCAGAUAAUUGAGUUUACUAUGUUGCUGAAACUCAAUUAUCUGGCCUGGCCCAGAGGAGGAGCUUGUACUAUAUAAAUUGAAUGCCUGUUGCUUCGAAUAAAUCAGUCUUGUUCCAGCAUUAAGCUUUGGCUCAUGUGUGGAUUAUUUUGGCGAUACCAGCGUUAUUUUGCUCUGUGGAUUAUUGGCGUUUUUCGGCUAUUGGGAAAAGGGAAUACUUGACGGAGAUAUUGAUUACUACCGUCACAACUGGUUGGCAGCGGCGGGAUCUUACUUUUUCCUGCACCAACAACCCAAGCAAGGCACUGGGGACAGUUACUGGAAGGCUGGUACACGCAGCUUAAACGCAACACUUUAAAGGAACUGUUGGAGGUCCGUGGAAAGAGUGCCAGCAACAAAGCCAAGCGGGUCAUCAUUGCUGAAUUAAUGAUGCUAGACCGGGAGAACAUGGCUGCGGCAACGCCAACCAUAAGGCUGGCGGAAACCCAGCGAACCGCG